UCAUUUUGAAACGGUCGAACGCCCAGCUGAACGAGUUCAGUGCGUGUCGAAGUGACAUGUGUGAAUGUUUGUCUGAAUGGUCUGAAUGUAAUGUAAUGUAUGUCAACCGGCCUUGCCAUUAUCUGCGUGCACGGGCUUUUACAAAUGUAGGUAACGUGGACUUAUAAAGCGCGUAGCCUGUUUUGACAUUUAUUGCAAAGAUACCCUUGUAUCAUUUGUGUCAUUGUAUCGAAUAUGCGAAAAGUACAAUGAAGCGUGAAAGUUUUUUUCCCUACCUAUUAGCUGGUAGCCUAAGAGGCAAUUCCAGCAACGCACGCAUAGCUCAACUACGUGGUGAGCUCAAGGACUCAACCUGAAAGAAUUUUCUAACACUAACCCAAGCAAGAGCAGAAACUUCCACCGGAUAGGAAUCGCGACCCAUCGAGAAGAUUUGCAGAGAAACUCAGUGGCCAAACUUUCAGAAGUUGGUGUUGAUUAAAGGAAGUCACCCAUCGCAUUCGUUUCUAGCUGUGGGACUAUGCUGGAGCUCAAAUAUCAGGAAUCGUUGAUAUUAUGCACAAUACCAGCAGUGAUCAGUAUUAUUGUGAAAGAUCCGCCACCUACACCAAACGACUACAAAUAUUCAUACAGUAUAGAGGACCCGACAACGGGAGACAGUAAAAGUCAGCACGAAGUACGCCAAGGAGAUCUUAUAACAGGAGCGUACUCUGUUGUAGACCCUGACGGAAGGAAACGUAUUGUAGAAUAUACAGCAGACUCAAAAAACGGCUUCAAAGCAAUAGUUAGAGAAGAACCAUCGGAAACACAUCAACCGCUAAACCCUACACCGACAUUACAGUUACAAAACCGGAAUUAUGUCGAUAGAGUGAACCAAUUUCCGGUUUUCGGUCCAAGGUUAUCGAAUAAUGGAGUGCGGGUUCCGUUCAUGUCAUAUUAUCCUAAGCAGCAGAUUUAUUUCACAGCACAUAAUGAGAUCAAAGCGGAAGACAUUGUAUUUCCACGCGGACAAUAUUUCUUACCGGCCACCAAAUGAUUAUAGAAUUCGUGCUAGGUGAAUUCAUUGUGAUACUAAUUUAAGUUUAUAUGUGUAAACAAGGUCAUCGACAUUUUGUGAGUGUAAUAGAUUGUACUGAAUAAAUAUUAAUUUUUAAAGGCUAAAAA